UUGACUAAUUAAAAUUGUCAGUGAACUUCAAAAGUUAAACAGUCAACAACUUACUUUAAAGAACAUUUAAAACAUUAUCGUGUUAAAAAUUUAACAAGAACCAUGCGUACAACAGUUAUUAUUAUUGCAUUCCUUGCAUUUUUCGCACUUGCAUUCGCUAAUCCAAUAGAUCAAUUUGACACAGUUAUCGAAGGUGAUGAAGCUAACGAUCGUGCUGCAAGAGUUACGUGUGAUAUUUUCGGAAGUGAUGCAGCAUGUGCAAUUCAUUGCAUUCUCAAAGGAUUUAGAGGCGGAUGGUGUGAUUCAAGAAAAGUUUGCAACUGUCGUAAUUGAAAAUAUUAAAAACUUUAACGAAUUCAAUUUAAAAUCUUAAAACAUCUUUGCAAUCACUUGAUUGUUGAAAGCCUUAAAAAAUGUAUUUUAACCAUAGAAAAUUUAAA